AUGACUAUGACGGAAGCUCAAGCUAUUGACACCAAAUAUUUAAAUGGUAAUACAAAAAUGAUAGUUGAAAAUGACACUGAUGAGAAAAUAACUAAUUUAACUACUUCUACAGGUUCUAACUUUCAUAUUCCACCUCCUGCUGCUAGUAGAAUGAAAGGUGGUAGUGCAAACACUAAGAGACGUACAGUUCAUGCUAUUUCUAACUCUAUCUUUGUUGAUAAUCGUAAUAUAAACGCUACACCAAAGAUUAUUCAAGAUAAUAAUAAUAAUAAUAAAAACGCUGCAUCGUCAUCAUCAUCUAAUACUUUUUGGAAAAAUGAAAACACUAACUAUUUUAAAUUUACUUUCUAUAAGAUUGUUCUAGCGGUAUUAUUUUUUAUGUUUGGUAUCUUUAGAUAUUGUCAAUUACAAUAUAAUAAAAGUAAAUUAAAGAUAUUAGAUCUAUUAUACAAUCCAUCAAAUACACCUCAAUUAAUAAGACAAGAUGUAGUGAAAUUGAAUAAAAUUCCUUCAAGAUUAGCUGCAAUUCUAGAGGUGAAACCAAUAGGUGAUGUAGGUGGUGGUUUAAAAGGUAUAUUAAAUGAUGCUAGUGAAUUGGUAUGUUGGACCAUAUCAGCAGGUGUUAAACAUUUAUCCCUCUAUGACUAUGAUGGUGUUUUACAAAAGAAUACUGAUGAAUUACGUAAUGCCAUUUAUGAACAUCUUUCUAUUUAUUAUGGACCUGCAAAUGUACCAAAUUUUGCCAUAAGAAUUCCACAUUUUAAUAAAAUAUUAUAUAAUACAAAAGUAAAAGGUGAUAUUAAGAGUAAAGUUGCCAUUGAAGUAUCUUUAUUAUCAAAUAGAGACGGUAGAGAGACUAUUGUUGAUUUGACUAGAACAAUGGCAGAACUUUGUUCCAAUAAAGAAUUGAAUGUUAAUGACAUUACGGUUGAUUUAGUAGAUACAGAAUUAAAACAACUUGUUGGACAAGAACCUGAUUUAUUAUUAUAUUUUGGACCCUCUUUGGAUUUACAAGGUUAUCCACCUUGGCAUAUACGUUUAACAGAAUUUUUCUGGGAGGAAGAUAACAAUCAAGUGACUUACUCCGUAUUUAUCAGAGGUCUUAAGCAAUAUGCUGGUUGUAAAGUUAAUGUUGGUAAGUAA